GGCAGCGCCGUUGAUUUGAUUGCAAGGCGACUGUGGAUGCGGCUGGAAUUCCUCCCUCCACGAGUUAUAAAUAUAGCUGCUGCUCGAGAAGUUGCCAGAUGUGAAUGGCGGCUACCAAGCGAAUUGGAACUCCAAACUGGAAAACUUUUCUAAUCUCGGCCCGGGUUACAGACUCUGUUGCACAAGGCGCUUAUCAAGACGACCAAAAGCGAAGAGAGCUGAAAUAAAAACUGGACGCAGAACAAGUAACGAGCGGCGGUCUGGCAACGAAGCGUAUACGUAAUGCCAGGCAAAGUUCCAUUCAUUUAACGCUCUCGGCUCGAUUCAGUUCUCGGGCAGGUGUCAAGCGACACACACACGAAACGCCGACGCGGUCACAAUUCCAGAAUAUCAUAUAAAUGCUGUAUAUGCUAUCGUGUGGCUAAUUAACAUACUGAACGCACCGCCACCCGUCGUCUCUUUACCUGAACCUGAGCUGUCUGUCGGUUUUGGACCUAGUACACUCAUCCACAUUUCUGGACGGGGAAGCGAGUACAAAGUCAAAAGUAACAAACAAAUUUUGAAACAUAUAUCGUACAUAUAUGCAAAAACCGAUCACCAUCAUGCUGGAUCCCAUUUCGGACACACCACUGGUCUUGGCCUACGUCUUUAUGUCGCUGCUAGUGCUGAUCUUGUGCUUCAUACUGGUCAAUGUGGUCCACAAGCUGUUCUACCGCAGCUCCAGCAGCAGCGAGUUAUCAUCGGUUCCUAUCGCCUCCGCCGCCGCUCAGCCGCUGAAGACCUCCAUCAUGGAGCUAGACGCCAUGAAAACCGGUUAGGAUGGAUGGAUGUGGGGUGCAGCGCAGCUGGCAGCGAGAGAAGACUGGCGGCGAGAAUCUCAGUCAGAUGUCGGAGCUCCGGUUUUAAGUCGGGCGAUUGGAGCGGAGCACGAGCAACGCCAGCUGCGAACCACCCACUCGCACGAGCCACAAAAUCUAGACGCCUGUUGAUACACACACAUAGUAUAGAAAAAACAUAAAAGCAAUUAGACCUAAAUACACGAAACUAGGCUUACGAGUAGAAAUUAAUACCUACAUUUAACGCGCUGGUCCUCUAGUCAAUUAAUUGUUCGUUUUUUGUCCUAAGGUUAGGUUACAUGAUGUACAUUGAUAUUGUAAAUAAAGUGACUUGAACGAUA